CUUGAGCUACACAUAGCACUAACUGGCUCACCCCAGAAUGCCGUGACAAGCCGAGGACAUUCGCUUCCCGGUUUUGGGCAAGCACCCACAAUCAGCGUUAAAAUAGCAAGCAAGCAAUAUAGUUUUCCUAGAUUUACACAAAGCGCACACCAGCCAGUGGCGGCGCUAGCUGGACGAGGUCGCGAAGCUUGGGAAGUAGUGCUCACUGACUUGCACGACAAGCGCCGAUCGGAUGUUCAUUACUGCGACGUCGCACAGGCUAACUUCACUGCUUACAUUACGACAGUGUUCUUUCACAGGGCAAUUGUUUCAAGCUUCUCUGAACUAUCGGCAGCGUUUCGUGACUUUCUGGUCCUUUGACAUUUGUGCCAGAGCUGCGAGCGAACAUGUUUCUUCCUAAGUGCAUCCAGCAACGCGCGUGCCUGCUUCAAGCCCAAGGCAAGGACCGGCGACUCCCGCCGGCAACGGCGGCACAAGCUGGCUCGGCAAUCGCCAUCGCUGCGGCAGUUGCGCAGUCCCGCGCGACGGCCAAGCGUGGCACCAGUGGCCGUUGCGACCGCAAGCGGCAAUGUGCCAAAAGCUCUGCAUCUGCAACAUCGGUUACGGCACCGUCCAUCACAACUCUUGCUUCUCAAUCGUGUCAAUCGCCAGCCUCCACCUCGGCCCCGCCCGCACAGCGACUGGCCUCGUCCAGCUUCCCCGCUUCAGAUGAUGACGACCAGUGCACCGCCGAGCGCCACAGCAGCGGCGGCGGCAGCAGCAGUGAGGGCAGCUCUACACCCAGCGGCCGCAGCAGCUGCGACGGAAGUGGCAGCGGCACUGGCAGCGAGGUUGAGGAAGGGCCCAAGGUGGAGUCUCCGGUGUCGCCUUCCCUUGUCAGCAGUUCGGAUGAGGUGGCUCCCUCCCGCGACGCCGCGCACCAAGGCCCGAUGCCCACCUGCCGCGUCGUGUCGAAGCUCUCCUGCACCGACCCCUACACCUGCCUGGAGGUUGUGGAGGUGCCCCAGCCCGACGGCACCUGCAGCCCCGCCCUGCUCAUGACGCUGCUGCGCAAGCACAAGGUCACCGGCAAGCCGCGCCGCAAGCCCGACAACCGCACGCCGCUGCUGCUGCAGCACCUGGAGCGCCAGGCCGCGGCACACAAGGCACUGGGCGGCAGCCCCCACGGCGUUCGCCUGCUGUGGCAGUCCCGCCCCGGCCGCGAGUCUGACGCGCACAUGUUGCUCCUCUCGUACGAGUCCGGCGCUGUGGGCCUGGACAGCUUCAUGGACGACCUCGCCAUGGACGAGACUCAGCGCGAGUUUGACGCCAUGCUCGCCAAGCCCAAGCCCGAGAAGCCGCGUCGCCAGAACCCGAGCUCCAGCAACAAGACCACCGGCAAGACCGCUACACCCCCGCCCGCGCCUCCGCCCGCGCUGGUACUCACUGGCCGCACGCUCGUGCCCGAGCCUCUGCUGAAGCGCAUCGCCGUCGCCCUGCUGUCCGCCCUCGCCCCCCUGCACGAGGCCGGCAUCUGCCAUGGCGCCAUCGCACCCGAUUGCGUGUCCGUCGUCACCGCCAGCAGCACCGAGCCCACGCCCUCCAUCGGCGGCAGCAGCAGCACUCAGUUCCUGGUCACCAGCUGCGGUGUAGCGGCGCCGGUGGACGCAGCGGGAGUGGUUGAGCAGAGGCGCAUGCGUGUCAAGGGCUCUGCGCUCGAGUACGCGGCAGCUGAGGUCCGCGCGCACCUAGCGGCGGCGCGCUCUGGAUGUGAUGUUGACAGCGAGGCUGCGGUGCCGGUAGUUACUGUGGCUUGCGAUGUGGCAAGUGUGGGGCUGCUUCUGCUUGACGCGGCCGCCUUCCGUGCCACUGCUGGCGGCCUGCGUGCCUACACCGAGGGCCGCAUGGGCCUGCCGGCGCGGCUGCCUCAGGGCCUCCGUGACCUGGUGGCGCGUCUCACAGCGGCCGACGCCUCGCAGCGGCCCUCGGCGCGCGAGGCGUUGGCGCACCCCUACCUGCAGGGCCUGUGAUUGAUGAGCUGCUGCGGCUUAGGUAGUUGUGGUAUGUAGAAAUCACGAGUGCAUGGUUAUGAUAGGAUGCAUUGUUGCAAGUGAGGAGCGGUUACCGACUUACCGCUGAGAAGCAACUGGUGGUGGCGGUAGCAUGAGUAGCAGGGCGACAGGCCCCGCUCGUAGGGCGCAUCAUAGCGCUGACGGCGGUGUGUUGUAAGCGGUUGCCGCUUGUCACCGGCCUGACUUGCAUGGAUUGAUGCAUGUGUCGACCUGAUUGACAUGGUGACGGGUGACGGCGGCCUGCUGCUGUCUGAGCAUGUUGGGCGGUGGGCUUGAGCGUGUUACCGUCAUACGGUACACGGCUGCAAGUCUGUGGCACCCCGCCUACCAAUCCACCUCCAGACAAGUUGGAAGUCCGGCCGCGGUGAUGGCCGGGUGCAUACAUCGGUGUAACAUGUGCUGUAUUGACUUGUGUGAAGGCUCUGGAGUCUGGAACAGCCUGCUCGGGCCUGUGCCCGACACAUAGCUGCCGCAAUCUCAGUGGGGCUUAAGGGUGCGGGAGUGCAAAUCUCUGGACAGCAUGCACCUGACAGCACACACCAACGAACCCCACUUACGACAGCAGCAAUGAAGGCACAAGCGGAUUCUUAGCCAAGGCCUAGCACCGGGACAUGCCUAUAGCAGCUUGCAAGUUAUGGCUGUGUGCACAUUAUUUGACUCGGUCAGGUUGCGACAUAGUCGACAUGUGAAAUGCGACAUACAACAUACCGACAUACCAAGACUCGCCCACAUUUGCAUAGCUACGCGUCCUGGAGCUCAUUUAAGUAACAUCUCCCAGCUUUGCGGCGGUGCAUUGCGCUAGCAUAGCCACAAGCUCCUGCCACUGGCCGCACCCUAGGCCACGCCACCACCACCGUGGCAACCGUGACACGUUUUGUUGUGUGCCACGGCGUUCCACGCUUACCAGAGGCAUAUUAAAUGCAUCCACAAUAUGUUUGGCGGUUUUUUAUGCGUUUGGGCGGUAUGUGCGUUAUGUCGCAAUGUCGUAUGUUGCAAUUCACAUGUCCACAAGUCGCAACCUGACCAUGUCAAAUAACUUGCAAGCUGCUAUAUUUGACAUGGUCAGGACGAUGCGACAUGUGGAUAUGUGAAUUGCGACAUACGACAUUGCGACAUAAUGCACCAGAGGUCGGCAAACGCAUUUUUUCUGCUGCGGGUCCCAGACCGAUUUCGGUAAACCCCAACCGGGGGGGUGUGGGGGGUGUCCCCCCAGCCGGGGGUCCGGGGGCGGGAGCCCCCGGAGAAAAUUUUCGCAUAUCGGGCCUCAAAUAUGUGCAUUUUACUAGGGUUUCCGCGUGUGCAAGGCUUGCAUUCGUCUUACGUGUUCAACAGCACAUGCCUGGGCAGCUGCUCUGUGGCAGGCAGCCACAAAUCCUCGCAAUCCCCCUCCGUCCAGCGCAAGCCGGCCCCGGGGCAGCAGCCCCAAAGAAAUUUUGCAGAUUGCGCUUCAAAUUGCGACAUUUUCAAGGGGUUUUGGGGGCAUUUCGGGUAAACCAAGAGCAGGUCAAUCAUGUUUUGGGCCGGUUUUGGGGGGCAAUUUUGGUUUCUGGAGCGAUUUCGGUGGUGAAAGUACCCACAGCGGUUGGCUAUUUUCGAUUUCGGUUGCGGGUACAUCUGAGGGCCCCGAAGGACCCGAGGCUUAUGCCGACCUCUGUAAUGCACAUACCGCCCAAACGCAUUUAAACCCGCCAAACAUAUUGUGUAUGCAUUCAAUAUGCCUCUGGUAAGCGUGGAACGCCGUGGCACACAACAAAACGUGUCUCGGUUGCCACAGUGGUGGUGGCGUGGCGUCGGGUGCGGCCAGUGGGAGGAGCUUGUGGCUACGCUAGCGCAAUACACCGCCGCAAAGCUGGGAGAUGUUACGCAAAUGAGCUCCAGGACGCGUAGCUAUGCAAAUGUGGGCGAGUCUUGGUAUGUCGCAAUGUUGUAUGUCGCAUUUCACAUGUCGACAUGUCGCAACCUGACCAUGUCAAAUAAUGUGCACACAGCCAUACGCAACUUACUGAUG